AUGCGCUAUGGUCAUUGGGACACUUACCUUCCAGCCGUGAAUGAUAAGGUUAAGGAAAAGAUUAUGAGCGCACUAAGAGUGAGUGACCGCGGAGAAAAUAUAAUUGGAUUGUGUGGACCAGAUAAAAGAGUCAACCAUUCUAUAAAUACAGUUAUACGAAGAGCGGGCAGAGAUCAAUUGUUCCAAGAGAUUGUCUUUGCAACUGUGACUAAGAAACCAGACAUUACAAAUAUUCAAACACAGCUUGGUAUUACAAUAGGUCUCAAUUUUGAUGAUAACACGAACCUAGCUGAAACCACUUGUUUCAUGUGUUUUGGUAAUAAUAGAAGAAUGAGAAUUGCAGAAAGAGCUAACCUUUUGUGUGCUAAGAUGAAGGAGCUACAAACAAUCCUAGUUGUAAUGUAUGAUCUUCAUGGAAGACUCGAUUUAGGUGAGAUUGGUAUUCCCUUUGGUGAAGAUCAUAAUGGUUGCAAGAUAUUGUUGACAUCUUCAAAUUUGGAGGUUUUGUCCAAACAAAUGAAGGUUCAUAAAUUGAUACAAAUAUCAUAG